AUGACCUACCGCCCAACAGCUCUAACCCCUAUCGUCACCUCGCCGUCAACCAACGACACCUUCUUCUCCAGCCUCACUGCAACAGCAGCCGCCCCUCAAGACCUCGAAACGCGAGCGCUGCUCACCUUCCCGACGACAGGCCUGCCAUCGCCAAAACUCGUGCCAGCUUCUUGUUUUCCUCCAUCUCGCGAACCAUUGGAGCAUCUCGCCCACGACCCUACCUCAGCCUUGACAAGGACAACAGCAACGACAAUAGCAGCCUUUUCCCCCUCUGCGGCCCACAUAACCCAACUUAAUCGCUGGCUAUGCUGCCGCUGCGCCGACUCCGGCUACGGCGACCCCGUCGGGAUGGUGCACAUCUCUCCCCUCCAACAGCAACAACAGCAACCAACUCGCACAUCCUCUCAUUGCCGAUCAACACAUGGCCCCCCUGUUCCUCCAACAAACCCCAACUCUCACCCUGUUAUUACCGCACAAACAGUUUCCUCAUACUCGAUCUGCUGGCGUCCCCCCUGCCACCACCCAAAAUGCCCCAACUGUGCCCUCUUCUCCGGGCCUUCUGCCUCAUCAAGCGAUCCCUCCACAGGACACGGCAAGCUACUCAUCCGGACUGUCGGCGGCCUGCACUUCUCGCCGCGCUUCAUUGACCCUGUGUAUUGGGAAUGCAACCAAUGCGGAGAGUGGGUGAGCAACCAGUUUGAUGGUAGUUGUGUCUUGGGGAGGACGAGGUGUUCUAUUUGUGGGCGGGAGCCAACUCAUGUGUUGGGGGUUUGGUGGAGGGGCCAUCAUCAACCGCAAGGGGGACGAUGGGGCGGCGGGGGGAUGUUGACGGGGCAGAGUGUGGUGAGGAAUCGUUAUGGACAGAGGCUGGGGACGGCGGAUCAGAGGGUUGCUGUGGCGGAUGGGCCAUGGGAUUGGCAGAGGAGGGGGUUAGGCGAUGCGAGGUGCGCUGUUGUGGCUGGGUUGAGGGCUGUGAUGAAGAAAGGAGUCAUAGCGCGGCCCCAGGAGGGACUGUUGGACGAUGAGGAGAGCUCAAGGAUCCCUGUGUGGAAGCAGGGCGAGCCGGCACCAAAUUAUCGGUAUAGGAGACCGCCGCCAGUGAAUGAGGAUGAGGUGAAGGAGAACCAGGAGUAUGAGUAUUCGUACUUAGAGGGAAUGCCGAUUGAGCCCAGGGAUAAGGGAAAGGAGGUUGAGAAAAUCUAUGAGUUGGGACCAGGGCCAGCUUCAGCGGCUUAUCCAAGGCCUAGGAGUGCGACUUCGCCAAUGGGGCAUUUUACUGGAUGGGGUGAGCACCGAUGA